GCAACACCAAUGUUAUCGUCCCAUCCCCGAAAAGCGACCAAAAAAUGGAUGGCGUUCCUUAUCCCAAAAUCUCUCCUUCUCGAGAUUACACCCAACAGGCGGACGCCACUUCACUUUGCUUUGCUAACUCUUCAAACUCACUUUCCUUGCACCAGGCAUAGGCUCAGGCAUGGAAACUCUCUUCGUAAACCAAACUCUCUCUCGUCUCGAUCUUUCCCCGAAACCGAAGCUCUCACUUUCCAUCUCUCCCCAACCCCUCCAGUUCCUUGCUACGAAAACAAAUCACAUCAAACCCAACAGAGGUUUUGCUCUGUUCGCUGUCCAAGACCAAGAAAAGAGCUUCCAAGAAACAGGGUACACACUCCAAGCAGACGUUAAGGAUGAAGCGGAUGAAUCUUAUGGUGAAGUCAGCAAAAUCAUCGGCAACAGAGCUCUCCCAGGUGGGAAAGGCAUGGAAUACUUGAUAGAGUGGAAAGACGGUCAUGCCCCUUCAUGGGUUCCACAUGAUUUCAUAGCCAAGGAUGUGGUGGCAGAAUACGAAACCCCAUGGUGGACAGCGUCUAAGAAAGCUGACGAGAAGGCUUUGGCGGAGCUCUUAGCAGCCGAGGAAGAUUGGCGUGACGUGGAUGCUGUAGACCCAGAUGGCAGAACUGCCCUUCUCUUUGUAUCAGGUCUUGGCUCGGAGCCAUGUGUUAAGAUCCUAGCUGAAGCUGGAGCUGAUAUUGACCAUCGUGACAAUGCUGGUGGGUUAACGGCUCUUCAUAUGGCAGCUGGGUAUGUCAAACCUGGUGUAGCUAAAUUGUUGUUGGAUCUCGGGGCGGAUCCUGAACUCGAAGAUGACAGGGGUUUGACACCCUUAGCUUUAGCUAAGGAGAUUCUAAAGGUGACCCCCAAAGGGAACCCAAUGCAAUUCGGUAGACGACUGGGGCUUGAAAGUGUGAUAAAGGUAUUAGAGGGGGCAAUAUAUGAGUAUGCUGAGGUGCAGGAGAUAUUGGAGAAGAGAGGGAAAGGUGAAAACUUGGAGUAUUUGAUAAAAUGGAAAGACGGUAGUGACAAUGAGUGGGUUAAAGCAAGGUUUGUAGCUGAGGAUUUGGCGAGGGACUUCGAGGCAGGGUUAGAGUAUGCUGUGGCUGAGGGAGUUGUGGGGAAAAGAAUGGGUGACGACGGGAAGAAUGAGUAUCUCGUGAAAUGGGCGGAUAUGGAGGAGGCUACUUGGGAGCCAGAGGAGAAUGUUGAUCCUGAUUUGAUUAAGGAGUUCGAGGCAGGGCAGAUUGAGGGCAACGGUGCAGUCAAGAGCCAACCAAGUGUUGAUGCCUCGGGACAGAUUGAUGGAAAUGGCGCUGUGAAGAACCAAUCAAGUGUGGAUGGUUCAUGAAAUCUUAUCCUAUAGAAUUUUUGUGUUGUAAUUCUCUUUUCCUCAUCAGGAUUAUUUCGAUUGAAAAUCAAUCUAUACCGACUAUUAAAAUCGAGUGUAAA